CUCAAACGCCGAUAAACUUUUGCAGUUGGUUUCAGAAUUCGCGUGUGAUGAAAAACGUUGAAACUCCAACAGCUUCGACGGUUGAGGAACUUUCAACGGUUGUGAACUCAGGAGUGAGACAUGUUUGGAGAUUCAGACCAAAGCAUUGAUGCUGGGGACAGUUCCCUACCCGAGAGCAUCAACCCUAAUAACUUCCCUGCCAAACUGUGGCGUUUGGUGAAUAACCCAGUAAAUGAAGCCAUCCGCUGGGACAGAAACGGCCUGGUCAUCGUCAUCGACCAGCGUCUCUUCGAGGAGCAGAUCCUGUCACCUAGCAACAGCAGCAGUAGCAGCAGCAGUGCCUUGGACAACAAAGACACUUUCAAAACGACCAACUUCUCCAGCUUUGUCCGUCAGCUCAAUCUGUACGGCUUCAAGAAAGCCGAUGACAACAUGAGAGACUGUUGCCACGAGGACCAGGUGCAGUUUCACUACUUUUACCACGCAAACUUCAAGCGGAACCACCCUGAACUUGUCGCGAGUCUGCGGAGGCUGACGGUCCUCAACAAGGCCAAGAUACAAGCCGGUCUGGAGGUGAAAAACAGGGGCCCGAGCAGAUACCUGCGAUACAGUGAUGAAGGCUGGGAUAAAGAUGUGAAAAGAGAAUUUGCGGGUGACUAUUCCCUGCUAAGCCACACCCAUAAGGAGUCAACUCAUCCUUACCCUCCAAACAGAGCUCAGGCCGCGCCGCCUUACUAUGGAACCCCAGUCCCACCGCGGUUACCGAUGAGGGGUCACGGUGCCGCUCCUUCGUCUAGCGACUUCACUGGAAACAAAGGGAUUCCCGUAUCUCUGAGCCCAAACUACACUGGAGCCGCCACUAGCUCCAACGCUAUGCUCCUUCCGCAGGGUUUACUGGCCUGCUCAAACUGCUGGAAUCCAAAUUCCCCAUACAAUGUGCAAUAUCCGCCUGGCUACUAUUGCCCACUUUACGCGUGCUACCAUCAAAACCUUGUGGCAUCACAGAUGGCAAGUAGUGGUCUUCAGAACAGUUCCUCCCCUACCCAACGUCACCACCAGGCGAGAUACCGUGGGAAUACGUUAAAGAACGAGGAAUACCAAGAGGUGAAAAAAUGUGACAUUAACUUGGACACCAUUUUCCAGAUUGCAGAUGAGGUGAUGCAAACUCAGCCCAAUAGCAGCCUGAUUAGAGCUGUUACACCGGACAUGCGAGGCCCCCUGUCAGUGCCGCUCUCCGCCCACAACAACAACCCUGCCAACACCACAAAAGCAAACUAUUUCUCUUCUGGAAACAUCACUACGUCCAAGAUAGACAGCGCUUAUCUAUUUGCACAGCGGGAGCUAUCUGUGAACUCACAACCAGAGGAAAUGCUGAAAGAUGCCAUAUUAGAGGUUACCAUCGAUGAUGUAAAGGACUGAGGUUCAGAGGUGAUCAAGUUAACGACACUCAGUCAGCAAGCGCACGGGAACUGCACCUCAUUUUUAAGUAAGAUAUUAUUGAACAUUUAGGGAGCAUGAUUAGAAUAAAACCAUUGGAAGGAAAUAUAU